ACUCUACAUAGAGGCGAAUUCUGCGUGACAUUUAAUCUGCGAAAAGGCACGGCAAACUUGCCUAUAUGCCUAUAAUAUUCGUAAAUUUAUAUUUCUAUUAAUGAAAUCUAUAUUUUCUUUCUAUAGUUUAACUUAUUCGAGUGCUGCCUCAAAGUUCUUGGACACAUUCUGAAAAUUGCUCCUCAAAUUUUCUAUUCACCUUCAAUCACAAAUUUGGGUAAUAGAAUGGUCCCCAGGAUCUAAAUGUCCAGUUAUGCAUCAACAAACGAGAGGAUGGAUAUUAUUCAGUCUGUUAGUUUCGAGUUCCAUAGUAAGCACACUCUCCUACCCCAACAUCAUACCCACACAUGAAAUGCAGAGCGGUUUUCUACCUUCAAACCUACCAUCAGAUAUGCCGCAACUUCCAUCGCAGAGGCAAGACAGAAAAUUCGCGGAAAAACCUAAUGCCAUCAAGAAAGUAGCAUUAGACGACCUCAGCAACGAUUUGGAAACAAAUCAGAUUUCAGAUGGAAACGGAGAGGGAUUUUCGUGGUCCAACUUGUUGAGCUUUAUCAACAGUACCCCUCUUACAGGCAUGCUCAUGCAGAUGAUCUUCAAUCCUGGUACCGCCACUGGUCCCAACAAAUCAGACAGUUUAGACGACAAUAGCGUGGCACCAUCUCCUUGGGCUAACCUUUUAGCUGCAGGCCUUAAGAUCUUAACCGCCAUCUUGGGUGGUGGAGCUAGCUCCGAGGGUAUCGACAAAGUAGACAAUGGUGGUUCACCCAUGCAGGGUAUUCUGGCUGGAGUGCUUACCGCAGUUAUGGGAGGCAGGGACCCACAGCAGGUGAACGCUUUAGCUAAACAAGCUGGUGAGUUCGUGAACAUCCUCGUGAACCUACUCAACGCCCUGAAGACCUCCUUCUCGCAUAGAUCCAUCAUGGCCAGAAACAUCGGUAGGAGAGACUCUAUGAGCGAAGCAGCAGUAGCUGGUAUAACCAUGAUGAAGGGAUACGUAAAAUCGGUCAAUGCAUUGAGCGUUCCUUGCCAACAGAAGACCAUCUGUGAGGCCAACAGGGAAUGCGCCAUGGACAUUGGACAAUCUUCACUCUUCUGUCAUCUUGGAAACUAUGCCGCCAGUUACAUGAUUGACAGAACCAGUUCAACAGGAUUCAGCGUGUUGUACGAAGCCGGUAGGAGAGGUAGGGCAGGUGAUAACUGCCACCAAACCUACCAAGAGUGUCGCCAAGCCUGAACAUGAAAGCCGAUUAGAUACCUAUAAUUUAUUUGUAUGAUAGAUAACUUUAUUUAUUGAAAAGCACCGGUACAGAUACCGUAUCGCUUGGUGGUGAAGAACGAAUGAUUUACAAGCGAAACCCCAAGAUGGACAACAAUUUUUUCUUGUUGUCCGUUCUUCGAAGAUUCACUUUGGUUUAUUUAAGUUUGUACAAAUUUGACACUUUAGAAAAAAUGUCUAGCUAGUCAAUGAAAAGAAAACGGGAGUGCCAAAAUAAAAGAGACACUGAAAAGUUAAGCUUCAAAUUGAAACAUUUAUUUAUUCUCCUCUUUUCCUCAUAGGUUGUCUCUUUUUAUUUUUUCGCUCCCUUUCAAAUGCGAUGUCUAUUCUUUCACCAUUCUGUUCAAGAUCACGUUCAGAACCAAACUAGAAAUCAAUUUCACACAUCAUAAUAUAUGUACGUUUUUUGUUAUAAUUUAAACUCAAGACUGUUGACUGAGAGAAAAAAUAAGAUUUUGUGUUUUUCAGAUCAGUAUUGUGAUUUUGGUGCAAACCAAAGUUAUUGAAAUCCUCAUCUGAAUAAAAUUUGAUUACCUACA